AUGGCUAUACUUAAUACUCGUAGACUAAUCCGAUACGUGGUUUUUGUUUCUCUUAUUGCACUGGCUUACCAUUUCUGGCCUGUUUCUCAAAUUGAAAAAUGGUCAGGCGAAAUUACAGCUGAGGAGAAGAACGAAUAUAUCGAUUCGAUUCUAAAUCCAAAACAGAAUAGUAUAUACGAAGGCAACAACAACUUGAAGGCGGAAUUUAAUCCCGACUCGGGCGAUUUUGACCAACCCGAUGUUAUAGACAUCAAGAAAGUCAACAAGGCGUUGAACAAAAUGAACAUGAAGCCAAUUAAUGAGGAUUCUCAGCUUUCUGAUAGUUCGAAGGUUGAAAAUGAGAAAAUAGACAUCUUAACCAACAAGCUAAUGGAUAGAGAAUACACACCAUCGUCCAACCUUGUUGGAUUUCUUGGUACCCAGUUUCUCAAAACGAAUCAAGAUUAUUAUGCCGAUUUGACCUGCAAAGACACCACGUAUAAUCCUACAUCCGAUGAUAGGAAGAUUGUAUACUCAGAGCCUCUUUCCCUAGACGAUGAUUUGAUUGAAGUCCGUAAAUGGCUAUUAAAUUCAAGAUACGCAAACUUGGUCAAAGCAGUUGAUCCCAGGGCAAAUGACGGAACUUUUCUCAGUGAUAUAUCCCACUGGUAUAAAAAAUCAGGAUCUUCCACUUGGUUGCCGGAUGAGCAGUUACACAUGGUUGUCUCCACCAUUGUGUAUGCACCAAAUGAUAGGGAAGAGCCUUUGGUUUCGUUCUUAAGAUUACAAUUAUUCAACAAUAAUUGGGAAGAAGUCAAAGGAAGAAGAAUAAGGUAUACACAAUUAUCAGAAAAAGAAAUUGACAGUGCAAUCAAAGAGUAUGCAAAGAGUAAUGAGGAAAGACACUUAGAAAGGAUCUCUCUAAGGUUCCCAUCGAUUCUGAAUAUCCCAAUCUCUGGGAAACCUGGCCGGGGAACACUCGGACCAAAUGACCCAAAGAUUUUAUAUAAAGAAGGUGAAUAUGAUUCCGAACCAGUUAUCGUAUUUAAUAUGAUGACAGCGGAUGGUAAGAGAAACAUGUUUGCUGUCUCUCCAUUUAGAGCUCCAAAGGGUCCUGAAUUAGAGCAUCCUAUUUUGAAAUUUAAGAAUGUUGGUAGUAGUAUUUCCAAGAAACUAUCAGUGGACAAAAAUUGGGUCCCCUUUUUUGAUGGCAUUAAUAUUGGCGAUUCGAAGAGCAGUAGAGGAUACAUCCAUUUUGCAUACACCUUGGAUCCGUUGGUGAUUGUUAAAUGUUCUCUUGAUUCUGGUAAGUGUAUCAAAGUACAGGACAAUGUUAAAUUCUCAGCAAAUGCUAAGAAUGAAGAAGCUUUUAUCAGAGGCGGCACGCCGUUUUAUCCUGUUCCUAGACAAGUGAUUCAGGCUCUGAAUGAUGUUGAACACAAGCGCUUACAGAUGUGGGUAGGAUUCCCGAAUGUGCUGAUCAAGGAGAAUGCGUGCCAUAAUGAUAUUUAUAGGCCCGUGUUUUCAUUGUUAGUCAAGGAAGACGGUAUUUACCGUGUUGAGCUUCUUACCGGUCCACUCGACCUUGGUAUUUCUGCGGCUGAUGUAUGCUCAAAUAAUGGGAAUGCACCAUCUUCCGUCAUUGUUGCUCAGGGUAUUUCUUUUUGGGAUGUUGCGUCAACUGGUGUUCAGGAAAAUGAAAAUAGUCUUCCUUAUUACAAGGAUCAUAUGGGUAUUAUUAUUGGAGAAGGUAAUAAUAAAAUUGAAAUGUUUGUCUUAAAGAAUGUUUUGAAUUAUGCAUUGGGCGUGUACACCUUUGGCACUUACCUGUUUGGAAAUUACGAUAUCGAAGGUCCAAAUGGGGUAGCUGUUCGCACACAAAAGGUAUGCGAAUGUGCCCUUAAAAAUGCACUUUUAUAUGGGGAAUCUGUUGGACCUGGUAAUGGGGCAAAUUAUAGAGAUCCUACUGUUGAAGUUUGGAACUAG